AUGGGAUGGUUUACGAAAGGUUCGGGUAGAACGUACGAUAGCUUAUCAGGAACAGCAACUCUUAUGGGAAAAUAUAGUAAAAAAGUUUUAUCUACAAUGACAUUGAAUCGAGUAUGUAAAAAAUGUGAGAUAGGACUUAGUAAAGAUAGUCAUGACUGCAGAUUGAAUUUUUAUGGAACAGCCAAGGCGAUGGAGCCUUAUGCUGCCGUAAAGCUUACCAAAGAUAAUGAUAUAUUGGCUAGUUGCAAUGUUGAAGUAGGUGUUAUUAUUACUGACAAUGACAGCAGUGCGAUUGCCGCUAUGCGUAACUCUCUCAAUUAUGAGAUUGUAAAACAAGCAGAUAAAAAUCAUCAGAGCAAGGGAGUUACUAAAGCAUUAUGGAAAAUCCAACCUAAAUUCAAAGAACUAAAUGGUGAUAGCAUCAAUUAUUUGGAUAAAUGUUUUAAUUAUUGUGUUUCUCAAAAUAUUAAUGACGCUGCACGCAUGACUGAUGCAGUGAGAAAUAUACCAAAUCAUAGCUUUAACUUGCAUGCGCUAUGUGGUUCCUGGUGCAAAUUUAAAACAAAUCCAGAUACUUAUCGUCACAAAGUUAUUGGUGAUGGGUUCAAAAACCCAUAUCUUUAUGACGCGCUUAUAGGAAUUUUUGAUGAUUUAGCUAAUAGAACACAACAAUACUCAGCCGGCGCUUUCACCAACCCGAACGAAAGUAUGAACGCUUCAAUAGUAAGUAGGGCUUCGAAGUCUAGAUUGUACAGUAAGACUAUAUUUGCUCAGCAGAGAGUGGCUGUUACAUCGUGCGAUAGAAAUGAAGGUCAAAUAUAUAAAUGCGAAUUAAGUAAAAAAGUACAUUGUUCGCCAGGUAAAUACAUAAGAUUAUAUGCAAAUCAAUGCUACCGCGUUCGUCGCAAAAGAUAUGCUUAUGCUCAGACGCCCGAGUUUAAAAGGCGACGUCUUUUUUUAAAAAAGAGGAAAAUAGAGCUUAGAAAAAAAACAGCUUUAACUGAAGGAUGUACAUAUGAAUCAGACUGCCAGCUUUUGAAAAGUCUCGACGUAUACGUUCCAAUUGCCAGUUUUUCUGAAAAUGCCGAACCGUUAAUAGUUUUAUUUGAUUUAGAAACGAGCGGCUUCGCUAAAACAGCUGAUAUUUUACAGAUAGCUGCAAAAUUUGGGGAAUUUGAGUUUUGUACGUAUACACGACCAAGUCAAGCUAUUGAUGAAAAAUCUAGUAAAGUUCACGGAUUACGUUUUAUAGAUAAUUAUUUAGAAUAUAAUGGUAAUAGAGUCGAAUCAGUUUCGCUCACAGAAGGCAUAAUUGGAUUUUAUGAGUUUCUUUAUCGUCUGAAUAGAAAGUGUAUUUUAACUGCUGUAACAGGCUGCCGUUUAGUCUAA